GUUAAACGAGUUGUAUAUACUUCUAGUGCUGCCACUGUUUUAUUAAAUGAUACAGGUUUAGAUGUAAUGGAUGAAAGCAAAUGGACUGAUAUAGAUUUUGUCAGAGCUCAAAUAUCUUUUGGAGCUUCAUACCCGAUUACCAAGACCUUAACUGAAAGAGCAGCUUUAGAGUUUGCAGAAAAACAUGGACUGGAUCUUGUGACUAUCAUUCCUAGUUAUAUCCAUGGCCCUUUUGUUUGUCCUCGUUUGCCUGGCUCAGUGCGCACAUCAAUGGCUAUGAUUUUUGGUUAUAAGGACCUAUAUAGUAUGCUUAUUAAAGCACCUAUGGUGCACGUAGAAGAUGUUGCCAGUGCACAUAUUUUCCUUCUCGAGUAUCCUAAAGCAAAAGGGAGGUACAUUUGUUCAGCCGUAGAGAUAACAAUGGAUAAGAUGGUUGAAUUUCUUUCAUCCAGAUACCCUGAAUACCAAUUACCAACUGUUGAUUGCUUAAAGGAGAUCAAAGGGGCCAAGUAUUCUACACUAUCAUCAAAAAAACUCCUGGAUACUGGGUUCAAGUACAAGCAUGGCCUCGAGGAUAUGUUCGAUGACGCCAUUCAAUGCUGCAAAGAGAAGGGUUUUCUCUAGUUCAUGUUUGUUGCAAGUACUUCCAAUAAAUUUGUACGGUUCGUGAGUGAACUAAUUUAGUCUUUUGUAUCUAUAUGUUGUGUCCUAGUUUGCUAUAAGGAAAAUGCAAUAGAAAAACUUGGGUGAAAAGUGUUUAGCACACUUGAAUAAAGCAAGUUGGAUGAGUAGCUGCAGACCCUUUUCUUAACUUUGAUUUGAUCCAGAG